AUGUACGAACAAAAAGGUGAGCAACAAUCAUCAUCUGCAUCUGCAAUGCCGCAGCUGCGGAGAGGGGCACGCAGUUCUCCGGUGCUGCUGCUUCAGCAGCAACAGCGGGCGCAUCGCCGUCUGCCUCUGGUGUUGCUGCUGCUGCUCUCGCUGCUCCUUUGCCGCUGCAAUCUCGCAGCGGCAGCACAAAAUUUAGAUGGAGUUGGCGGGGAGGCAGGGGAGUUUGAAGAAAAUGGGGUUGUAACUACAGGACAACCUGAAGGAGCUCCUGCAGCAGUAGAUGUUGCAGCUCCUACAGCAGGAUCUGUCCCUCUGGAUGAUAACAUGGGAGAUGUUGUGGAGCUUCAAGGCGCUGCAGCAUCAGACAAAAGUGCAAAAUGGAAGAAAUUCGCUCCUGCUGCUGCUUUGCUGAUAGUGCUGGGUCUUAUUUUAGCAGGUCUGUUCGGUGGCGGUGCUGCUGAGGAGACAAAGGAACCCGUAAAGGUAGAGGGAGAAGAGGAAGAAGAAACUCCUAGGGGCGAAGACGAGAAAAAAGAAACUCCAACAACAGAGCCGGCAGCUGGAGAAACCUCGCCUACACCUACAGAGGGAGAAGAGCAGCAGCAAGAAGAGACACCAUGGGGGCCCCCAGAGCAGCAGGAGCAGGAGCCGGAGCCGCAGCAGCCGGAGCCGCAGCAGCCGGAGCCGCAGCAGGAAGAAGAAGAACAGCAGCCAACACAACCAGAACUGCAGCCAGGGGAAGGAGAAGGUGAAGAAGAGGAAGAAGAGGAAGAAGAAGAAGAAGUUGACGAGGAGGCCAUUGCUGAGCAAUCAUAUAGAUUACAGACGUUUCGUGGCUGCUUCUUCCCUGCUUCUAGUUUAGAUACUGCUCUUGGUUUACCAGAGUCUGCCGCUCUGGUAGCUGACCUAGAGCAAGCUAUUCAAGGUGGAAUGAUGUAUAGGGAUCUUGCUUUGGCCGGAGAUGCAGGCGCACUUGCUGCUUUUGGUCGUGCUAAUGAUGAAGCAUCCGGCAUUGUUGCUGGUUUGGAUGAUUUGGCUAGACAGACACUCGUUGCUCUCGUACAGAAAGCAGAGGAAUGCCCUGGUGCAGCAGAAACAGCAGAUGCAGCUGUUGCUGCUCGGCCAUUAGAGCAGACAGGGGCUGCCGGAUAUGUAGAAGCGUGGGAGCAGCUUCUAGGUAUAUGCGAGACCGGCAUAAGUUUCUGGAGAGGUGAAGCUUCUUCUGUUGCUGAGACGCUGCUGCUUCACCCUCCGCUGCAGCCGGGUGAGAAGGAGCCAUCUAUGAACUGGGUUCUCGUUGCAGAUCGUGUUGGUGUUGAUGCAGCGAACCGUUCUUUAGAUGAGCAGGACACAAUAUCAGAGGUAGCAAGGCGGUUGCAGGAAACAGCUCUUCAGCUGUUGAAGCAUCAUAACUUAGGUACCCUGGAAGCGCAGCUAGUGAAGGUAGCAGCACAGGAAGAGGUCUGUGCUCUGAUGCUGGAAGGAGUAGAACAUAGAAAGAAGCAGCAAGGUGCGACAGUUGAAGAUGAUAGUGAUCUGCAACGAUGGCUUUGGAGACAAAAGGGCUGCCGAGAGUCAUUAGAUGCCCUGCAGCAGCACCUGGGGAGUGUGCACUCCGCAGGUGGCUUUUCAGAAGCAAACAGAGCAGUAGAAGCAGCAGAAGAAGCACUAAGUCACCUAAACGAAAUGCUUACUACACAAAUGGAUGAGCUUAUUGGUUUCUUUGGUGAAGCAGGCCCGCCGACUGUAUCAGAGCUUCUGCAGGAACAGCUACACCCAGGAGAACCAGUAACUCCAGACGAAAUGCUGGCGCAAUUACCUGCGUCUUUGGGCGGCUUUGAUGCAGCAGCAGAGCACACAGAACAGCUGCUAGAGGGUCUCUUCGCUAGUUGUGAAGUACAGCUGGGAGGUAUGGGGGCUGUGCCGUGGAUGCCUCAGGCGGUUUUGGAGACAAUGGGGCAGCAGCUUGGGGCUAUAAUGAAGCAAACACAGGUAAAGAAAGACGCAUUAAUAACGCUUGUCGGAGAUAUACAAAAGAAAGAUGAUGUAGGUGUUCUAUUGGCUUCUACAGAGGUAGCUACAAAAGCAGCUGCGAUGUAUGGCCAACAGCGUAGUGCUGUUUGGCAGCUGCAGCAGGACAUAGAUGCAUUGGAACUUAUGAAUGUGAUGGUGUCAAGUACAAAGGGAUCAGUUGAAGAGGCUCUAGAUGCAAUGGCAGGGAUGAAGGUUUUAUCUCCUGAGGAGCAAGAAUUGGCAGCGCAAUUAGAAGAGAAGAUGGAUGCCGCAUAUAAAGCAGCAACUUCAGCAACAACCCUUGCUGAUGCUUUAUCUGCCGGUUCUCAAUAUAUAAAUGCAGGAAGAAAGCAACAUGAUCUUAUUACAAAGGCUGUUCUUACUGAUACGCUUAGACGAGCAGACGAAGCUGCAGCAGGAGGCACAAGCCUACCUUUUCCAUCACCUAGGAGAGUGUCUACAAGACCAACGAUGCCGCCACCACCCCCCCCACCACCAACGCAUUCUUCUGAACAAGCCUCUGAAGGCGUUGGAGGGCAGCAGCAGGAGCAGGGACAGGAUGACGAAGCAGCAGAAGCGGCCACAGCAGCAGAAGGCGCCACCACCGCAGCACAAGAAGCCGCCACCACCGCAGGGGAAGCAGCAGCAGGGCCAGAAGCACAAGGAGAUAAACAAGCAACGUCAGCUGAGUCUGAGGAGGGAGGUGGAUGGCAUGAACGGGGUGAAGGAGAAGGAGCAACGAGUGCACAAGAGGAUAUGUCAGUUUUCUCCACACAAGAAACACCUCCUCAAGACCCAGAACGCAUAGCAGGACCGGUGAAUCCAGAUGAAGAAGCAGGCAAUGAAGACGAAUCAGGAUUGGAGGAGCCGCCAAUACAACCACAAUCAGCAGUAACAGUAGGAGGAAGAGGUUUCCCGCCGAGCGCGGCACUGCAAAUGCUGUCACAACCUGGAGGGCAAGACGACGACGAAGACGAAGGAGGAGUUUGGGGCGACGAGGACGCCGAUUGGGAGGAAGACGGUGGUGAAUCCGCUGCAUAA